AUGGCGCAACAAACCCUCGGAUCAAUCUACAAGUGGGCCAUUCCCGCCACUGCGGCCUUUUCGCUGGCAUCCGCUUCCAUCUACGAUGUCAAGGGCGGCACCCGCGCAGUGAUCUUCGACCGACUUCGUGGAGUUUCCGACCAGGUUCAGAGCGAAGGAACACACUUCCUCGUUCCCUGGUUGCAAAAGGCCAUUACAUUCGAUGUGCGAACCCGACCGCGCAACAUCAGCACCACCACCGGAAGCAAGGACAUGCAGAUGGUCAGCUUGACUCUGCGAGUGCUACAUCGUCCGGAGGUCCAGCAGUUGCCCAAGAUCUACCAAAAUCUUGGCCAAGACUACGAUGAGCGUGUCCUCCCAUCCAUCGGAAACGAAGUCCUCAAGGCCAUUGUUGCACAAUUCGAUGCCGCCGAGCUCAUCACCCAGCGUGAGGCAGUCUCCAACCGAAUCCGCGCCGACUUGUUGAAGCGUGCAUCCGAGUUCAACAUUGCCCUCGAGGACGUCAGCAUCACACACAUGACCUUUGGACGUGAAUUCACCAAGGCCGUCGAGGAGAAGCAGAUUGCACAGCAGGAGGCUGAGCGUGCGAGAUUUAUCGUCGAAAAGGCAGAGCAGGAGCGACAGGCAAGCGUUAUCCGCGCAGAGGGUGAAUCCGAGGCUGCAGACGUGAUCUCGAGAGCAGUGGCAAAGAGUGGUGACGGUUUGAUUCAGAUUCGAAGAAUCGAGACGCAGAAGGAUGUUGCCCAAAUGCUGGCCAACAACCCGAACGUGACCUACCUCCCCGGUGGUGGAAGCGAUGGCGGAAGUGGUGGUGGCAAAGGCAGCUUCCUGCUGGGAUUGAGGUCGUAA